UGCCGACUUGAGCUGAAGCUGAAGCUGCAAACAUGGCGAACAAGGUUCAGGACAUCUGGGUCUGGGAUCCAGUGGAUGGUGAGUUCCAACAUCCUGGCGAGCUCCCAACAAGUACGCAGGCGAGCAACGCCUUCUUCUUUGACAAGAUCUUCGGGCCCCGACUGGCAAAGAUCUCACGAGCGACGCUCUUGGAUCGGAAAGGUGGCCUGUCGAUGAUUGCAAGAGAAGAUGGCAAGACGCACGAGGUUCCAACGAAUCGGGUGCUUCCAUGGUACGAAGGUCUGUUGAUUCUCCAGCAGAUCGAGGCAUCAGCAGGGAACGUUCCCUGGUUCACGGAACGUUUACGAGAAAUCUUGGAGCAGGAACGCUCAAAGCGCAGCAAGUUCUUCAUCUUGGCGAGCAGUGUGUACGUUGAGAAAAAACUGCUGCAGCAAGCCGUGACAGGUGCGAGUUACAUUGACCACAACGACCAAGAGCACAACUUUCGAAGAGAUUCGCUGAAUCCAGAUGACAAACCUGACGAGGAAGAUCCAUUGGAUGGCUUCUGGAAGGUUAAGGACAUUCUGGGUUACAUGCCACCUUGGGAAGCGUUCUGCAAUCAGCGCUGCGGCCUGUACCAGGAGUUCUACAAGGUGAGAUGGGAGAACUUCGAGGAGACGGACUUUUCGAAUGUGGAGAAUGGCUGCUCUGAUCCAGGUUCUACUUGGGAACCAGAUGAAUGCCUGCCUCCCCACCUAGAUGGUUUCCGGCUUCGUGAAAAGAAGACCUGGAUAACACAGCGAAAAGAUCAGGAGGCCAAAGAGGAAUUGGCGAAAGCCGAGGAAGCUGCGGAUCGCAAGGCUGGGAAAAGGAAGGAAAUUGAGGUUCCUGAGCCGCCCGCAAAGAUGAGCAGGUUCAGGCGAGACGGCAAGCCGCUGAUUCGCGAUGUGUUUCGAUUGAGCUUUGGCCAUGACUUCAAACCUGAUCCUUUGGACGAUCGAAAUGAUACCAUCCGCAUGGGCUGGCCUCGCAGACCUGAGGAAUACCCUCCAGGCUUUGGCGUGGCUGGUCCUCCAGGCUUUUGCUAUGCGAAAUGUGACUGCAUGGACGACCAACGGGGUCAAAAGCCCUGGGAGACGAGCAAGAGCUGGUUAGAGCAGGAUCCUCAGGGGCCUCAACGGGCAGCUGACGCGCUGAAGAUGAUCGAGACAUUUUCUGCACAGAAUCGCUGGGUCCGGCGCCGUGGCCAGGUGAGCAAACAGGCCUACCUUGAGAGUGUGCAGAACCAUCCGGCUGAAGACACUCAAUCCAAAGCUGCCCUCUAUUUGGCCAAAGAGGUUGAAACCCAGAUCCACAAGGCUCUCAAGGAUUUGCCAUUGGAUGCUCUCAUGGAUACAAAUGAUGAGGUGCGAAUACCGUCGCUGGCCUUUAUGAAGCCCGGAGAAGACUAUGCGCCAGUCCGCUAUCUACUCUCACCAGACUCGUCAGCACGUUCCUGGGCCAAAAUCAGCCCCGAAAAUGGUGUGCUCAGUGCAACCAUCGGGCCACCCUCGAGGCAAGCGCCAGUCAGAAUAGAGCUAUAUCACCCAGAGGCGGUGGGUGGUGCUUCAUUGGGUGCAGUCAUCGAUUGCCUUGUCACUACAUCUUCAAAGCCCGUGUGGCGAAGUGCGACGGCCAGCCUUAUCGCUAGCUUUCUCGACGUGCAGAAGUGUCCACUGACUCGAAACGCUCGCAUCAUUUUGCAAGAACGAAUGAGCAAGAUCUACGACUUUGAGAACAGGGUGGCAAAGGACAUCACUUUCGGAGAGUGGCUCUCUUGCAUGGAGCUUGCCCUACGCUUGCUGAGGUCCCUAGCUUUCGCCAACCUGGUGAAGUCGGAGGUUCAUACAUCAAGGCCUCCUCCGCGUGCUGCAGUGGCACGAGCGCAUUGAUGCCGAGGCAUCUGCGAAGACAUGCCAAGACCAAGAGAUGGUUUCAGUGAGGAGCAUGGUUUCGUGACGCCUAAUUAGUUUGCCAUGACGCUUUGUGUGCAUAGGCGUCACGACAGUGUCAGCACAUUUGUUUUUUGAGCAACUAGGUGUUCGCAUUCCUCGGCCAAAGGAAGGCUGUUCGUACCAAGGGCGAGCGACUGUGGAAGGCCAGUAGUGCCAGUAGCGGGCAGCCUUCGUAUAAGGGUCUUGAUGUCCUGCCCUGUAAAAGUUCAAUUUUCA